GUUGCAAGAAGCAACAGGAAGCGACAACCCAAAAAGAGUGCAGCAGGCUGGAAGAAAAAACAGUGAAGGCCGAAAUCAUAAUCUGUUUAUUGGCUUCUGCACAUCAGACCCACUGCUGGAGCUGUAAACCUCCGCCUGGACCCGACCUGCGGCUGCUGACCCGCUUCUGGAGGAGUUAUACGUGGCAGAUUAGAGACCAUGUCCUCCUCAUAAAGCUAAAGUAAAGCUUACCUGCCGCAGAAAAGACCCAGCCGAGUCUGCUUGAGCUUGGCCAUGGCCCACGGCACCAGUCUCCAGUAUGAACCAGUGGCAGAGAUCGGAGGCGGCGCUUACGGGACGGUUUACAAGGCCCGAGAUACAGAGAGCGGGCAGUUUGUGGCUCUAAAGAGCGUGCGCGUCCAGACAGACCAAAAUGGCCUCCCGAUCUCCACAGUCAGAGAGGUGGCUCUGUUGAAAAGGCUGGAACAGUUUGACCACCCCAACGUGGUCAGGCUUAUGGAUGUAUGUGCCAUCCAGAGGUCGGACCAAGAGACUAAAGUCACUCUGGUGUUUGAACAUGUGGACCAAGACCUCAAAACGUACCUAGAGAGAGCCCCAGCUGCAGGAUUAGCCCCCGGCCGCAUUAAAGACCUGAUGAGGCAGUUGAUGUGCGGUCUUGCAUUCCUCCACUCGAACCGCGUGAUGCACCGAGACCUGAAACCAGAGAAUAUUCUGGUAACCAGCCAGGGCCAGGUGAAGCUGGCCGACUUUGGACUGGCCAGGAUCUACAGCUGCCACAUGGCCCUCACUCCUGUGGUGGUGACAUUGUGGUACCGACCCCCCGAGGUUCUGCUACAGUCCAGUUACGCCACACCUGUGGACAUCUGGAGCACCGGCUGCAUCUUUGCUGAGAUGUUCAGACGCAAACCUUUGUUAUGCGGAGAAUCAGAAGUGGACCAACUUGGGAAAAUCUUUCAAGUUAUUGGCUUGCCACCAGAGGACGAGUGGCCGACUGAUGUUACACUCUCAAGAAAACACUUCCCCUCUCUCUUACCUCGCCCAAUCACUGACUUUGUUCCAGAGAUAAACGAGAAGGGGGCGCAACUAUUGCUGAAAAUGCUGACCUUUGACCCCUUGAAACGAAUAUCUGCGCUGAAUGCCCUAGAACAUUCAUAUUUCCAGGACGAAGAGCCAUUGACUUGAAAUGAUGCAGUGAAAUGUGCAGCGAGAGGUAACAGUGUCUUAGUUUAGACCUGGCCUAACCAUAAAAGACUUUAAUUUCAUUCCGUGCAUUGCCUUUCAAGAUGUCUGGCUUAUGCUUUGGGAUAUUUCUUUUGUUACUGCUACAUCAAAAAAGGAUUAAAGCCUGAGAAAGAGGAGUGAACUUAAGGAUCACUGGCAUGCUUUACAACGUCACAAUUAAUGAUGUUAACAUGGCGUGUCUUCAAGGACAGUACCAGUUUUUUUUAUGUUUGAUGUGUGUAACGGUCUCGUCCGCAGGGACUGAUGCACAGAAACGUCUGUCAUCUCCUCUGAAAUGUUGCUCUUGUUACUUUUGUACAGUGCCUAGACAGAAAGAAGCGGAGAUGUCGUCUUUUCUCAUUACAGGCUGAAAAAUGUCUGAUAGAAGUGACGCCUCAGGGUUAGAGCAGCCCGUCGUUAGUGAUCUUACUGUAUUGGUGUUAGAAUUUACCGUACUAGAAGAACAAUAAGACCAUAAGUUUUCUGAAAAUCAUGAGGAAAUGAAAGAAUAGUCCAAAGUAGCACAAGAAAAAAUGCACACACUUGACAUAAAUACUGGUAUUGCCCUUUAAAAACUGUCAUAAAUUGUUUCUUUUAUCGGAAGACUGAAGGGUUGAGCUUCAUUUCAUGUUUCAAAUGUUUUGUCCGUUUACUAAAACCAUCUGAAACCAAUCAGCACUGCAACUUUAAACGAAUAAAGAACUAUUUUAAUCACA